AUGUACAAUGUGAAUUGCACAAAGACUCCAAGUUAUUUAAUUCCUGUUCCUCCAGUGACACCACCUCCAACACCUCCAACACCUUCUCCAAGUGUAAAGCCAAAACCUUCCUUGUCGAAUGUGAAACCAAAUCCUUCGAGUGUGGUGAAACCUUCCAAUUCAAUGAAAAAUGUGAGUAGUGACGCAACGUGGAACAAUGAAAAUGCUGGUGGAAAUUGGUGGUGGAGAAUGAUCGCAUUAUUGUGUGGAUUGGUCCUAAUUGGAAUGAUUGGAAAGAGGCCAAUGCCUUAA